GCUGACUGCAGUCGGAUGUUGACAGGCCUGCUGUAGAGCUGUGGCUGUUGCCGCUAUCACGUUUCCAGUAACGUCAGUCUCCACAUCUUGCUAGAACUUUCCUGCUAUUCUAGAAACAGUGUCUACAUCAACAGCAAAUCCAUGGCGGCUGAACGCAGCUUCCCGGACAGCUUCAUUGACGAAGAUCCACAGAAAGCCCUGGAGGCACUGAAUGAGGCCUUGCAAGGACACUCUGACAACGCUGAGUGGUUUUGCCAGCGUGCCUAUGCUCACACACUUCUCAAAAACUACAGUUGUGCCGUUGAUGAUGCCAAAAAAGCACAGCAGCUACAACCUAGUCUUCCCCUUGCUUUCAUGCGAACAGGAAUAGCAGAAUACCACCUUCACCACUAUGAGUCAGCACAUGCAGCUUUCAUUCAGGGACACCAACUGGAUGUUUCUGACAAAUCAUUUGAGAUCUGGAUAAAGCGGUGUGAGGAGAUGAUGGGAGAGCAGAAACAGAUCGGCGUCAGCGACAGGCAGACACCAGCAGCUCCGUUAGUUAGACACGAUUGGUACCAAACAGAAUCUCAAAUCAUUGUCACAGUCAUGGCGAAAAACGUACCCAAGGAUGGUGUGUGUGUCAGCUUCAUGGAAAAAGAGGUCUCUGCCAAGAUACAGUUGGCAUCAGGGGAGGACUUCAUCCUCCACCUCAACCUCCUGCACCCCAUCGUCCCUCAGCAGAGCAGCUUCAAGAUCCUCAGCACUAAGGUGGAGUUCAAGAUGAAGAAGACAGAUGCCAUCAGAUGGGAGAAGCUGGAGGGAGAGGGACAGGAGUCCAACAUCAAACACUUCGAUCCUAAUCAGUACCCAUCAUCAUCCCACUACACCCGCAAAUGGGACAAGAUGGUGGUGGACAUCAGUGAAGAGGAGAAAAACGAAAAGCUGGAGGGAGACGCAGCGCUCAACAAACUCUUCCAGCAGAUCUACUGUGAUGGCUCAGACGAGGUCAAGCGAGCCAUGAACAAGUCUUUUAUGGAGUCAGGUGGUACAGUCCUGAGCACCAACUGGAAAGACGUGGGCAAAAGAAAAGUGGAGAUGAGCCCACCGGACGAUGUGGAGUUCAAGAAGUACUGAGCACGUGUUCACUCGCUCUCUCUGUUGGACAUCAUCUUGCUUCUCAUUUGUUCAUCUGAACUCCAGCGGGAGUCCUCGUUGCUUUGCGGUCUCCGUGGCCAUCCACUUCCUCUUCUUCCCAGCCACUCAGUUGUCCUGUUGCUCUGGUGUUCUCACUAAGUGCAGGGAGCCUCAGUGUUCCCACUUUUCAUUCGACCAAACCACUCAUGGCCUACUCUCUGCAAUAACUUACCGCCAGAUGAGGUCAGUUAAUUUGAAUAAUCUGUUGAACGGAAUCGGUUAUCUGAUUUUUAUAGGCCCGUGGACUCGAAAGGGAUUAAAAAGUGACUGACAGACCUGAAAUGCUCCACUUUAGCUUUCAGAUCUGGUUUCAGAGCAUCAUUCUUCUUUUCUCUCCUCUGCUUCUCCUGGUUUUCUCUAAACGCCCACAGCCUUUCUAUUUGGGAGCCUUUUAUGACUUCCCUAUUAUCAGCACUUGUAUAAAAAUGUAAAGUUGUUAAAAAUGACAACCGAGUGAGAUGUUUGAAUAACAACUGUGAUUGCAUUUCUUGUCUCAUGCAAUUUUUUUCUGUACUCUCAGUAAAAAGUCAGCAGCACUUCUCAGCAAUCUUGACCUGUCUGGAGUCUGUGUGACAUGUCAGCCAGUGGCUUAGCACUGGUUUCCCUCAGUGUGAUUCAAGCUUCAGUGUAAAUAAAAGGUUUGAUGUUUGGCUCACAAA